AUGAAUGGCACAGAUAUAAUAUUUUCAGCCUUAAGUUCAUAACCUGAAAAUCUUCAAAUCGAAUUAUAGGCAGAACAACAAAAUGAAUAUGAAAAGGAAUAUUUGGAAGCAGAUUUAGUUUCAAGAAUAAGGACAAGAAAUCCAAGUACCAACAAUUUCACAAUUAAAUCAACAACAAAUAUAGACACUCGCAGAAAUUGCGAAGUAAUAAUUUAUUCAUUAUUAAGCCAUUAAUCAAUUAAGAUGAGGAAAUCAAAAGAAAUACAUGUAAAAAGACAGGCACUAAUCUUAUGAAAUAUUUUUAUCUAAAACGAUUUAUAUAACGUAUAAGGAACAAUAGAACUAAGUUAUCUAAUGUCAAUGAAAAUCACAUUAAAUUAAUUAAUGAUAAUUCAAGUGAUAGGUAUCAUCAAUAUUAUUUAGUUAAGUGAUGAUUUAAAUUCUUAAAUUAAACAAUCACCAACAUUUUCAAAUACGCAAUGUUACCAAAUUAUUUCAUGAUAAUUCUCUAUCUUCACAUGAACAUCCAUUCAUUAUUUGGAUUAGAGAAAAAUAUUAAUAAAUUAGAAAGUCCACCUAUGAGAUUUUAUCUAAAAUACCAUAAAUACAUCCUGAAUCCUUAAAGAAGAUUGUUUGGGAUUAUUGGACUAUUCUUUUUAGGUUGCUUUUAUUAAUAUUAAUUCCAUUAGAAAUUGCCUAUAAUCCUUAAAUUUUAUUUGAUAAAUUAAUAGGACUUACUGUUACUAUUAUCAUUAUCUUAAUUCUUGAUAAUUUAUUAAGAUUGAAUACUAUUUGUUACUUAAGUGGAUAGGCAGUCUAUGAUAGAUGGUAAAUUAUAAAAGUCAAUUUAAAUCUAUAAACAAUUUCAGAUUUCGCAUUAAUAUUUUUAUUAAUCUACUUUAUAAAAAAUGAAGGAAAUUAAUUUUAAUAUUUAAUGCUUUUAAUAUCUCUGACUCAACACUAUCAAAUUAAUUAAACGUUAUAAAAAAGUGAAGAAUCUCAAUAUUUUACAAAAAAAUAAAAAGCAUUUAUCAAUUUAUUUAAAUUAUUAAUCUAUUUAAUUUAUGUCCUCCACUUAUUCGCUUGUAUAUGGUUUUUCAAUAGUUCAUUAAAUUAUGGGAAUUCCUGGAUUAUUUUUAAAGAAUUAGAUCAUUAAUAAUGGUAACUAUAAUAUUUAGAAGCAUUCUAUUUUGCUAUUGUUACUAUGCUCACUAUUGGAUAUGGUGAUAAUGUACCAAAAACAUGGAAUGAAAAAUUUGUUGCAAUAUUCUUUAUAUUAAGUGCUUGUUUAUGGUUUUCGUACAGUAUUAAUGCCAUAGGUACUAUCAUUAAAGAAAUCAAUCAACAUUUUAUGGAAAGAAGCAGAAAGAUUAGAAUAAUCAAUAGAUAUAUGCAUCAAAGAAAUAUCCCUUUUUCUUUGUAAUAUAGAAUUAGAGAAUAUUUGACCUUUAGAUGGAAGGAGGAAGCAGAAAUUGAUUUGUAAUAAGAAGAAACUUUAUUGAAUGAAUUAUCUGAAGAAUUAAAAUAGGAUUUAAAAAAGUAAGCAAAUAAUGUAUUUUUUAAACAUUGUGAUUUUCUAUUUAAAAAUUUCAGUUUAGAAUUAUAGAAUUCCCUUUCCCCUUUUAUUAAAAGAAGAAUAAUUUAGCCUUAAAAUACAUUUUCUAUUUACACUUUAAGUGAUGUUUAUUAACCUCAUUUAUGUUUUGUAGAAUAGGGUUAAUUGUAAUAUCAAAAUGUUCUAAAUGUAUCUUUGAAAACUGUAUAGAAUCAUGGAUAAUUUUUGGAUGUAUCAGAAUUUAUUGAAGAAAAUGAUAAUAUCUAAACAUUUAAAGCUAUAGGAUAUGUAAGUUUACUUGUUUUGAGUAAGGUAAUUAAUUUUAUUAGAUUACUAGUCAGAUUUCAUGUCCAUAAUACGUUAAUAUCCCAAAGAUUAUUAAAAGUAUUGUAAUUUAAAAGAUUAAUUUGUACUUCAAGUAAAACCUAAACAUUUAGUAUUUGGAUAAUAUUGUGCAGCAUGCAAUAUCACUAGUCAUGGAUUGAAAGAGUGUCCAAAUUUAUCUCUCAGUAUUGAUAGAGAAUUGAUUAUCAAAAGAUAUCAAUAUUCAUAAGAUCAAUAUAGGAAAUAUAUGAAGAGAUCCAAAAAAAGAGGAAAGACAUCUUUUUCAACUAGAUGUGAUAGAGAAAUUAUAGAAUAAUUCGCAAUAUACUUUUAAAAUGAAUAACCAAAAUUAGUUUAAAAUUAGUUAUCAAAAUAAUUAACCUAAGAAUAGGAUUUUGAUGAUGGUAAAUCUGAUAUGAAUGAAUAAUCUCCAAUAAAUAAAACAUUUCAUUUUAAAAGAUAGGAAUCUAUUUAAUUACCAAGAUGUUCUUUAUAGAGUGGUGAAGCAAUAUCAAUUUAGAAAUAAAUUAAUAUUAAUGAUUCUAUUGCAUCAAGUGAUAAUAAUUCGAUAUAGAAUUUGAAAUUGUCUACCAGAUAAUAAUGCAUGCUUAAUACUAAUAAAUUUAUGACUGCAAAAUUAUCAAAAUAUAAAAAGAUGUGUUCACAAUAAAAUCCUAAAAUUGCUUUAAUUGAUACUGAUGAAUCAUUAAAGAUUGAUAUUUAGGAUAGUAUUUAUUAGAAUAUUGAAUUAUUGUACAAUAAAAUCUUUAACGAAGAAACAGUAAUACCUUUUGAUAGAUCAAUAUACGAUUUACAAAUAUUAUACUAUUCAUUUAAAGCACAAUAAGGUAUAGAGUAAUUUGAGGUUGUCAAAAAUUUCAGUUCUUAUAUGGUUAAUCAUAAUAUAGAAAACAUUAUUUUAUAAAUAGAAUAGAAAUAUCAUACCUUACUUUUAAAGCCUAUUACUUAAUUAAUAAGAUAUAUGUAUUAUCCUUAUGAGUUCAUAAUGAAAUUUUAAAAGAUUAAGACAUAGAGAUUAAAAUUAUUAAAUUUUUAUAAGAAAAGAUCCUUUAAGAAUUUGAAAUAAAAACAAUCAAAAAUAAAUGAUUUAGUAAGAAAGUGGGAGACACCCAGAAAAUCUUAUCGUUUUAGUGUUAUAAUUCCAUUUGAUGAAUGA